AUGGGACCUUCACUAGCAUUUUGCACUCUUGCAGCAAUAUUAUGUAGCAUUGCUACCAAUUAUGCAGUUGCAAAUCCCCACCACCACUACGUCUACAAAUCUCCACCUCCACCUGCAACCUCCAGCCCUGUGGUCUACACUUCACCAUCACCUUCUCCAUCUCCAACACCUGCUCCAGCUCCUUAUUCGCCGUCCCCUUCUCCAUCGCACACAUGUGUUUGUCAUUGUCCCCUAUCACCUUCUCCGUCUCCAUCAUCUCCUUAUGUCUAUACACCUUCUCCAGCUCCAGAAGCACCAGCACCAGCACCUAAGUCACCCGACACCUACAAAUCGCCAGCACCAGCACCCACAAAGCACUACAUGUACAAGUCUCCACCACCUCCUUACUAG